UGGUUUCAGAGCUUGCCACCUUCUUCUUCUUCCUCUCUCUUCUCUCUCUGGGCUGUAUGUCUGUCUCUCAAAAGUUACCGUCGGGACUCUGUGUUCUGUCGUUUUCUGUCCGCUCCCUCCGUACUCGCUUGCAAUAACUCUCGGCACCGCUUCCGUCCAAAUUUCGCUCUUUCUCCUGGAAUCUUCCGCUCUUGAUCGCUCGAUCUUCAGCUGGGAUACUCCUCUCUGUCUCUGUCUCUGUCUCUCUCUCUAUCUUCAUCGCUUCCCGUGCUUCGCUUCUUGCUUGGAUCAGAGGGUUCUCGGAUACCCACAUCACCCCGCGCUCGGAGCCCAAUUUGGUAGCUCGUUCUGGGUUUUGGAGCUCUUUGGUUUCCAGUGUGAAUGAAGGUGGAUGAAUUGGGAAUCGGGUCGGUUGAUGGGUCGAUGGAUGAGGAGGUAGAAUGCUUAAUUUAGGGGUCUGAUGAUUCUCGAAUCAUGUGGUUCUCGUUCUGGAGAUCCAGGAACAGAUUCUCCGUCGACGAGCUGAGAUACUUAACUGAUCAGCUUCUUAAGUUCCAGGUUGUUAACGAAGUUAACAAGGAUUUUGUCAUUGAAGCAUUGAGAUCAAUUGCAGAAUUAAUAACAUAUGGUGAUCAACAUGACUCGUCCUUUUUUGAUUUUUUUAUGGAGAAGCAAGUCAUGGGGGAGUUUGUACGGAUACUAAGGAUUAGUAGAACUGUUAGCGUCUCCCUUCAGUUGCUGCAGACAAUGAGUAUAAUGAUUCAGAACAUCAAAAAUGAACAUGCUAUAUAUUACAUGUUCAGCAAUGAACAUAUCAACAGCCUCAUAACAUAUUCGUUCAACUUCGACAAUGAGGAGCUGCUGUCUUAUUAUAUAUCUUUCUUAAGAGCAAUAAGUGGAAAGCUGAACAAGAACACAAUUUCCCUGCUUGUAAAGACUGAAAAUGAUGAAAUCGUUUCCUUCCCACUAUAUGUUGAAGCAAUUAGAUUUGCAUUCCAUGAGGAGAAUAUGAUCCGAACGGCAAUACGUGCUCUCACGCUUAAUGUAUACCAUGUUGGAGAUGAUGGUGUAAAUAGAUUUGUUGCAAGCCCUCCCCAUGCAAAAUACUUUUCGAACAUGGUCAAAUUCUUUUGCAAACAGUGCAUUGACUUAAAUGGGCUAGUUACUAAUGCUUCUGGGAAAUCUGAGCCAGACUUAAUCGCUAAGAUUUUUUCUGCAGUUGAUGAAAUUGAGGAUACUUUAUACUAUUUUAGUGAUAUAAUUUCCGCUGGUAUUCCUGAUAUUGGGAGGUUAUUGACAGACAAGAUUUUGAAGCAUUUGGUCUUUCAGUUGCUUCUUCCUUCUCUGAGAACAGAAUCUAAUCAAGAGGGACAGAUUGGUUCCAUUACCUCCCUCUAUUUGCUUUGCUGCAUUCUACACAUUGUCAAAAUCAAAGAUUUGGCUAAUGUCAUAGCUGCUGUUCUUUUCUCCCAACCUGAGGCAGUUGUUUCAAACCGUGGAAUUAAAGUCAAUGGCAUUGUAUCUAGUCAUAAAUGUAUCGAUGAAAGACAGCAAUCAGGUGAUGAAAGUGUUACAAAGGAAAACAGUGGAGCACUUAAAAUCACCGUGCCUUCCUCUUCAAGUGAUAUGAUGAGUGAUUCAGGCGAUUGUACUAUAAGAAAGCCUUCUACUGUUUCACAUGGAGUGAGGGAGACUUUGCUUUCUUAUAUCAGAUGUGGGAACGAUGUUCAAGUUUUGGGUUCCUUAAGUGUGCUGGCAAUGUUGUUACAGACAAAAGAACUGGAUGAAUCGAUGCUAGAUGCACUCGGAAUACUUCCUCAACGAAAAAAGCACAAGAAACUCCUGCUGGAAGCCUUGGUUGGAGAGACGUCUGGGGAAGAGCAACUCUUUACAUCAGAAGCUAGCUCAAGGAGAGAUAGCAUAAGCAGCGAACUUGAUGAUUAUAUAGAAAGGCUUAAGGAGCAGUAUGGUCUAUCAAAUUUAAUUCUGGAAGAGGGAGCUAGCCCUAGGGUACAUAGGUUUCAGGUAUUAGAUGUUCUGGUUACUCUUCUGUGCCGGUCAAACAUAUCAGCAGAAACUCUAUGGUAUGGUGGUUGGCUUUUACGGCAAUUGCUCCCCUAUGGCGAGGGAGAGUUCAGCAGUCAUCAUCUGCUGACACUCAAAGAGUCAUACAGGGAGAGUGCUUGUGCUCUUAUGGGGGAGACAAGAGGCAGCUGGCCUGAUCAUGUUGUGACAAUCCUUUGUGAUGAGUGGAGAAAGUGCAAAAGAGCAAUUGAGGCACCGUCACCCAGAAAGGAGCCAAAGUACAUACUCUUGUCACUGUUGAGGCCAUCUGAAGAUGGUGUUCCAAGUAAUUCUUCUUAUGCUGCUGGUGAAAAGAUGUGUGAGACGGUCAAGGUGUUUGUGCUGCUGCAUCAACUGCAAGUGUUUUCAAUAGGUAGAACUUUGCCUGAGCAACCUCCCAUUGGUUCACCAAGUGAUAGCAGUGAAAGUUCGCGUGGAAAAACUGCUGGAUUAGAUGAAUGUGGUCCCAAGGCGGGCACUGAAAUAAAACUUGGUGAUGCUGUGCCCUGCAGAAUUUCAUUUGAGAGGGGUCGGGAGCGUCAUUUCCACUUUCUAGCUGCCUCUGUGGGAUCUAAUGGAUGGAUUCUCCUUGCUGAGGAGUUGCCACUGAAGCCGCGUCAUGGAGUUGUGCGAGUUGCUGCUCCUUUGGCCAGUUCAAAUCCCAAGAUUGACGAGAAACACCCGAAAUGGCUACAUCUUGGGAUCCGUCCCUCCACACUUCCCUUCUUAGACCCCACCAAGUCUCCCCUACAAGGAAAGGCAAAGGCCAGAGCUCUGGUUGAUGGGAGGUGGACUCUCGCAUUUCGGGAUGAAGAGUCCUGCAAGUCAGCUCUGUCCAUGACUCUCGAGGAGAUCAAUAUGCAAAGCAACGAGGUAGAGAAGAGGCUGAAACCUCUUGUCAGCCUCGAUGCCAUCUCAGGUUCUUCAAAUCUCGCUCCACAUCCUCUGUUCCACAAGUCAGUUUCCCCUCUAAAUUCAUAACCUGGUUGAGGUUUUCCCUUUUUCUUUCUUCUGAGUUGGAUAUAGUCGAGGCGAAGCACUGGGUGAUAAUUCUAUUAGUUGCAAUCACCCGUUUUAUAUAUGGAUCCAUCUAUUGUAGAUAUGCCCCGACAAGUAGAUUAGAUAUCGGCUUUCAGCACGAUUCUUUGUAACUAGUUUUUUUUUUGGUUAAUUUAUUUUUUGGCGUGCCCGAUUUGUAAGUCUAGGGCAGUUUCCCAUUCUUUCGAUAGAUAAGAAGCUUAGGUUUUGAGGCUUUCCUUUUUACCUUAUACCUACUUUGAAGCUGUGUAAAAUUGUUGUAUAUCUGAGGCCAUUCCAAUAGUGAAAGCUCUGAUGUCAUCAUUCCUGUUUACCGAACUUGUCUUCUCAAGAAUGUGAGUUUUAAGUCUUGAACUAUCAGUGAAGAUAAUCUAGUUGGAUCAUCGAAUAACUUAUAUAACUUUUGCAGCACCGAACUUGGUGUUAAUUUCUUCA